AUGAAUGCCUUGAGGAAGAUGGGUGAUAAACAUUUGCAAACUUAUUGGUUUCAGUUAUAUAAUGAAAGAUUACAAAUGAAUAAUGACAUUAAUUGGGUAGAUUCUAAUGUUCAAUCUAAAUUAGAUGCACUAGAAAUUGUCGAACCAUUAAAAGAAUUUACUAAAAUUAACAAAAAAAUUAAAAAAGAAGAUUGCAAGUAA